UACCACCUGCCUCAGUCGUCGAUCGCCAAGUACCCGGCGUCGCCGCGCGGCUCGUCGCGCUUGCUCGUCGCCGCCGACGGCGAACUGACGGACUCGCGCUUCGAGGCGCUCACGAGCCACCUGCCGCGCGACGCGCUCGUCAUCGUCAACGACAGCCGCGUCGUGCGCGCGCGGCUCCGCUGCGCCGGGCCCGACGGGGCCUUCGAGGUCCUGCUCCUGGCCCCGGCGGACGCGGACGCGGACCCGUCGCCGCUCGUCGCCGCGCGCGCCGAGGGCCAGGCCUGGCGCGCCAUGCUGCGGCGGAGCGACGCCGACGGCGUCGAGGCCGACGUCGCCUUCGGCGGCUGCGGCGCGCGGACCCUCGCGUCCCUCCUGGACGCCCACGGCACGACGCCCGUGCCGCCCUACCUCGACCGCCCCGACGACGACGGCGACGACGACGCCUACCAGACGGCCUACGCGGCCGACGCGGGGAGCGUCGCCGCGCCGACGGCGGGCCUCCACUUCACGGACGGCCACUUCGCGGCGGUCGCCGCGGCGUUCGAGACGCACGCGGUGACGCUCCACGUCGGCGCGGGCACGUUCCGGCCCGUCGUCGGGCGCGUCGAGGACCACGCGAUGCACGCGGAGCGCUUCGCGGUGUCGCGCGCGUGCGUCGAGGCGCUCGCGGCCGCCGCGCGCGACGGCCGCCCCGUCGUCGCCGUGGGCACGACGUCCGCGCGCGCCCUCGAGAGCCUCGCGACGGACGCCACCACCUUCUCCGCGUCGACGUCGCUCUGCAUCACGCCCGACGGCAGGUGGCGCUUCCGCGCCGUGGACCAUCUGGUGACGAACUUCCACCACCCGGACUCGACGCUCCUCUCGCUCGUCGCGGCCUUCGUCGGCGAGGAACCGGCGAAAGACCUCUACGCCCACGCGCUCGCCGGGGGCUACCGCUUCCUCUCCUACGGCGACGCCUGCUACCUGUCGCGCGCGGGCGGCCCC